AUGAUAGUCCUUCUCUCCUCCUCCUCCUCCUCCUCCUCCUCAUCAUCAUCAUCAUCUUGCUGUCUGGCCUCACUCUUGCUCACAAAUUGCAUCACAGCAGCUGCCUGCUAUGGACCCAAAAGGAACCAUCGUCUUCGCCACAGNGCUGUCUGGCCUCACUCUUGCUCACAAAUUGCAUCACAGCAGCUGCCUGCUAUGGACCCAAAAGGAACCAUCGUCUUCGCCACAGUGGGCAGACCCCACUAUGGCUUCGACAUCUUCUCUAUCAAACUUCCUUCCAAUCUCUUUCAAGAUUCUUCAACCCAAUUAAUGGACAUCGCAGAACGCCGCCUCACUGACGGUGUUUCUGUCAAUUUCAACGCCCAAUUUGUCAACGAUGAUGAUAGUGAAAGUGAAUCCAUAGUGUACGUUUCAGAACGAACAGGAUCAUCUCGAAUUUACCUGAACCGAUCCGGAAUUACAAAACCCCAUCAGCUACCAUCCCCACCUGAAAGUUUCUUCCACGAUCGUCCAGUCAUAAAAAAUGGACGGCUAUACUUUAUCUCGGCUCAUGAAGCCCCCCAGCAAUCUUUCAGGAGCUGGUCUGCUCUUUACUCUACUGGGCUCCAUGAUGAGAAAAUUGUCCGGUUAACGCCGUAUGGUUCCGUUGAUUACAGUCCCGCGGUUUCUCGAAAUGGGAAGUUCAUCGCAGUCGCGUCCUAUGGGUCUCGUCCAUGGGCCGGUGAAUUUCACCAUCUUCAAACGGAUAUUGUUGUGUUUCAACAAUCCGACCCCUCUAAGCGGACCGUCGUGUGUCAACAAGGUGGCUGGCCCACCUGGUCCGGUGACGCCACCAUUUACUUUCACCGACAAGCGGACGAUGGCUGGUGGAGCAUUUACCGACUCGACUUACCCGAUGAUUUCGAAUUUUCAGGAAUUGCAAAAAACGUCCCUCGCCGAGUCACUCCACCGGGACUCCACUCGUUUACUCCUGCAGCUUUGCAAUACACUACCAAAAUCGCCGUCGCGACUCGGCGAAAAGAUAAGAAUUAUCGCCACAUUGAGAUAUUUGAUGUUGAGACUCAGAAGUUUUAUCCUGUGACCGAGUUACUGAACCCGAGUUUCCACCACUACAAUCCAUUUGUCUCUACUGAAGCUAAUUUUCUUGGUUUUCACCGAUUCCGGGGCGAGUCAGCACAGGGCGAAUCGAUAAUUCCAAAUCUCGAUCCUAUAAGGUCUCCAAUUAAGGGCGUGCGAAUGCUGAGACUCAACGGAUUCUUUCCUUCUUUCUCUCCCGCCGGUGAUUUGAUAGUAUUUAAUCACGACUUUGAUCCCAAGUCGGGCCUAAAAAUCGUCAAAUCAGAUGGUUCAAAGAGAUGGACCUUGUUCAAAGACCGUACAGCGUUCUAUAACUCAUGGAGUCCGGCUGAGAUGAGUGUGAUUUACACAUCAACUGGGCCCAUCUUCGAGUCAGUUAAAGCGACAGUCCAGAUAGCUCGAAUCUCAUUCGACCUGGAAAAUCUAAACGAGGAUGGUGACGACAUCCCAGUCGAUAUAAAGAUCCUCACUAGGGAAGAUACAGGCAAUAACGCUUUCCCAUCGUGCUCGCCGGAUGGCAAGUUUGUCGUUUUCCGGUCGGGUCGUUCAGGGCACAAGAAUUUGUACGUAGUUGACGCCGUGAAUGGAGAAUUUAACGGCGGUAUCCGUCAGUUAACGCAGGGACAAUGGAUUGAUACUAUGCCGAGUUGGUCACCUGACGGGAAGUUAAUAGCAUUCUCUUCGAACAGACAUAAUCCGGAUAACGUUGAUGCGUUCAGCAUCUACGUCAUUCGCCCGGAUGGCUCUGAUCUCCACCGGAUACACGUGGCGGGAUCCAAUGACGAAGUGGAUAGGGAGAGGCUGAACCACGUAUGCUUUAGUGCUGACGGAGAGUGGCUGCUGUUCACGGCGAAUUUGGGGGGGGUGACGGCGGAACCGGUGUCGUUACCAAAUCAGUUCCAGCCGUACGGUGACUUGUUUGUGGUGAGGUUGGAUGGGAGUGGGUUGCGGAGGCUGACCUGGAAUGGAUAUGAGAACGGCACGCCAACGUGGCACCCCGGAGAUGAGGUGGACCUCGGACGUUUGUGUUUGGGAGCUGAGGUUGGGGAUAAGCUGAAGGGUCAAUUCGAGGAACCCCUGUGGAUCCAAUGUGACUUUUAGUGUGCGAG